ACGGCCGCGGAGUCCUUUUUCCUUCUUGUCAACGUUCCAAGCUCUGUGAAUUCUUCGCUUGAGCGCGUAUAGAUGCAUGGAAUGGAUUCCAAUUUCCAACGAUCUGUGAGAUAAAGGAGUGAUCGAUCGAGAUUUAUCGACAGACAAGCAUAGAGCUGAUAAAAGAGGGAUUUUGAUGAUCGUGAAAGACAAAGAAUGCCGUGUUUCCAGGAUGCGAGGAAGAUGAAUCCGAGCUAGUUCGCUGGAGAAACCAAACAAAGGAGAGGUUUUCUUGGCUUUUUCUUGGUGGGAAUGUGAUUCCGCCUCUGCUAGAAGAGAGAGAAGUCGAUCAUUGGUCGAUCGAUGAGAGACUGAGAGAUGGAUCAGCAGCAAAACCAAGAGCAAUCGAGCUCGUCCUCGAGCUACCAGCAGCUUCUCAAAUCGGAGGUGAGCAAAGGGUGUGCGCAAGUCCGCCAAUUCGAGCAGAAGCUCCAUUCCUUGAUCCAAUCCCCAGCAUUCUACCCCACGCUCAUCUUUGACGCCACCGCGAUCAUCUCCACCUUCGCCAACGUCAUCGCGCAGCUCAACCGAGGCGAUCCCACGCAAGCAAUUACAGCCGCCGCCGCCGCGGCGGCGAUCACGAUCCCCACUACAGCUCCUUCUCUUCUCAUCCGGCCCUCGUUAGAGCUGCCCACAGUGCCCAGCAGCUCCACCGCGUCGUCCUCGCCAAUGACUUGCAGCCCAAUCCGAGCUUCAACGCCGCCACACUCGCCCCCAAAUCUAGCGCUCUCGAGCCCUCACACCACGAGCAGCAGUAGCCCGGCAUUGACGCCUUCCACCACACCGGAAGGAUCGCCAAACAAUCCGCCGUGCACGGCGGCGCUGGAUGGAGCGGCGGAAGGCGGCGGCGCCAUGGACGAAUUCCCAGCUUCUGGGAUUGGGAGGAAGAGGAAGUGCUUGCCCAAGCGCGUGGUGAAGCAGCGCGCCAACAGCAACGAGCAUGGGAGCGAAGCUCCGGCCGACGAUGGAUUCACCUGGCGCAAGUACGGGCAAAAGGAUAUCCUCAAUUCCAAGUUUCCCAGGAGCUAUUACCGUUGCACUCACCAAAAGGAACUUGGCUGCCAAGCGACCAAGUACGUCCAGAAGUGCGAAGACGAGCCAUCCAUGUACCAGGUGACUUACAUCGGCGAGCACUCAUGCCAGAACGCGCAAAACAACAGCUUCUGGAUGAGAUCGGGGCUCUCCGCCAGACCGCUUCUCUUCUCGAUGAAUCCCGGACAAUCAGCAGCGGCGGUAGCAGCGUCACUCACGCUCCCGAGCUCGGGGAUCCAUUCCACUCCACCGUCUCUCGCUUCUCGACUCGAAGAAAUGAGUGCCUCUCGCCUCACGCUCUCGCCGUCGAGGCCCUCCACUACCGGUUUCAACCUCUUGAGACCGGCUGCUUCGCUCACUUCUCCGAGCCAGUGGACGACUCCGAGAUUUGGAGUCGCUUGCCCAGUGAAGUCCGAGCCACUCGCAGCUCCUCCGCUGCAGCUAGCAACAACGGCGAGCCAGCAAGAGCCAUCGCCGUCGAGCCUCGACACUGACAGGCGAUUGCUCAGAAUGUCGCUGGGAAGCAGCAUGGCGGUGACAGCAGCAGAAUCAUCAUCGCUGCAUUCAUCUUCGUCGUCCACACCACCGCCGCCGCCGCCGCCACCAUCUUCGUCCUCACCGGUUGCCGCUACCACCACAGUUGCUGUCACUGCUGGAGAGCACGAAAACAUCCAAGAACUUUGGAACCUGGGGGAGCUUCCGGAGGUUGGCAUGGACACGGCUUCCCUGGAAGACAUCCCAAAGAGAUCGUCGUCCUUGACAGACAUAGCUUACCUCCAGGAGAUUAUGGGCUACGACCCCAUGCUCUUCGAGUCGGACAACUGAAAGUGGUCUUCUAACAAUUCUUUUUCCUGCGGCGAAGCUAGCGAUAUCAGUUUUGUAAAGCAGUUCUUUUAUUCAUAGCUUUCCUUUUCUUUUU